AUGGUCGCUUCGUCAUCCUCGCUCAACCCACCGCACACAGCCCCGUCUCACCAUGCUCACUCCCUCUCCGGUACUCCUACUCCCACCAUCCACUCACGCCAGCUGCCCACCGGUCCAGAGAAGUAUCGUGGAGCCGUCGUAGAAGACCUUCAGCUCCCGCCUGCCUUCUGUCUCCCUGCCACCGCGCUCGUAAGCAGGGCGAUCAACGAGGCGUACGAGCGGGACUUCUCGCAGAUCCCGAUUCUGAGUGAGGAGAGGAGAGUGAUGGGCUACGUGAGUGUAGGGAGCCUGAAGGAUGGGUGGGAGAAGGGAGAGAUCAACCCGGAUGUCAAGAUCUCGAAUUACACCACCCGCUUCCCGACUACUUCAAAGCCUUACCGGGUCAUCACACCCGAUACACCGCUAGAAGAGUUAGAGGAGUUCCUCAAGACUGAAGAGUUCGCACUCAUCACCGACAGCGAACGGAAAUUCGUGCUCGGUGUGGCCACAAAGGCUGAUCUGGAGAACUUCAUCUCUCGCCGUGGUUUCUGA